AUGUGCCUCCUUUCUCUCCAAUUCCCCCCUUACAAUUACAUUUCUCUCUCUAAAACCCUAAAACCGCACUACCCCACCCCGCCUCAACCGCCGCGCCUGGUCGUUAGAAUGAAGGACCGUCCGCCGUCUUCUUACGGCGCUCUUUACGUACCUCCCCACCACCGCCUCCGCCCCGUAAUCACCUCUGCCGCCAACGAUUCACGCGUGACUACUUGCAGCGAUGUUGAUAAGAAAACCUCGUUUAGUAGCAAAACAGAUAAUCCCUAUCCAUACUUGCCUCCUCAUGAAUAUCAGAAGCAAUUUCAGCAGCAUAAGUUAGUUACUCCGCAUGAUGAGGUGGCACAGCAAGGUUCCCAUUGUGGAUUCGAAUUUUCGGCGCAACCUGAUGCUUCUUCUUCAGACAAUAUCGUGGCAUGGAAGUGGAAAUUAAAUACCCUUUUAGGAAAUCCGGAAAAACAAGAGUUAGUAUCAAGAGAGAAAAAUGAUAGACGUGAUUUUGACCAAAUAGCAUCUUUAGCUGCCAGGAUGGGUUUGUAUAGCCACCUGUAUGCGAAAGUAGUUGUUGUCAGCAAAGUUCCACUGCCAAACUAUCGCUUUGAUCUUGAUGAUAAGCGUCCCCUCAGGGAGGUGAUCUUGCAUCCUGGUAUCUUAAAACGUGUGGAUGGUUAUCUACUGGACUACAUAUCUGGAAAGCGUAGGAGCAUAGAUGUGUUCUCAAGAUCAAGCAGUAGUGCCAGUAUUGCUACUGAAGAAAGCCUUUUUGAGCAACCAGAGCCACUGCCACAUAGUAAGGCGGCCUUGGAGAAAAUUUUAUGGCAACGAAGCUUGCAAAUGCGUGAUGAGCAACAAACUUGGCAGGAGUCACAUGGAGGAAGAAAGAUGAUGGAUUUCCGUAGUAAUCUUCCUGCUUAUAAGAAGAAGGAUGCUAUAUUAAGUACCAUUUCACAAAAUCAGGUUGUCAUCAUCUCUGGUGAAACUGGUUGCGGGAAGACUACUCAGAUUCCCCAAUUUAUUUUAGAGUCCGAAAUAGAAUCUAUGCGUGGGGCUAUGUGCAAUAUUAUAUGCACGCAGCCUAGAAGAAUAUCUGCCAUAUCCGUGUCUGAGAGGAUUGCCACAGAGAGGGGGGAGAGAAUAGGGGAAACGAUUGGAUAUAAGGUUAGGCUAGAGGGUAUGAAAGGAAGGGAUACCCAUCUCCUCUUCUGCACAACUGGUAUACUGUUGCGCAGACUACUGGUUGAUAGAAACCUUAAGGGUAUAACCCAUAUAAUAGUUGAUGAAAUUCACGAACGUGGGAUAAAUGAAGAUUUCCUGCUCAUUGUGCUGAAAGAUCUUCUUCCCCGUCGACCAGAAUUAAAGCUUAUUUUAAUGAGUGCAACCUUAGAUGCUGAACUCUUCUCAUCAUACUUUGAUGGGGUUCCUGUGGUUCAAAUCCCAGGUUUUACCUAUCCUGUUCGGAUUCAUUUCUUGGAAGAUAUUUUGGAGACAACUGGAUAUCAGUUGACAACAUAUAAUCAAAUCGAUGACUAUGGUAUUGAAAAGUCUUGGAAGAUGAGCAAACAAGCAUCUAGAAAGAGAAAGAGCCAGAUUGCUUCUGCUGUUGAGGACACACUUACUGCUGCUGACUUUAAGGACCUAACUGCUCAGACAAGGGAGUCUUUGUCUUUCUGGAAUCCUGAUUGUCUGAAUUUUAAUCUCAUAGAAUAUCUUCUAUGCAAGAUAUGUGAUGAUGAAAGACCAGGUGCUGUUUUGAUCUUUAUGACUGGGUGGGAUGACAUUACCUCUCUGAGGGAUAAGCUUCAAGCUCAUUCUGUACUUGGAGAUACGAACCGUGUUUUAUUAUUGGCAUGCCAUGGCUCUAUGGGAAAUACGGAACAGAAAUUAAUUUUUGACAAACCUGGAGAUGGAAUAAGGAAGAUCGUUCUAGCCACCAAUAUUGCUGAAACCAGCAUUACUAUUGACGAUGUAGUUUUUGUUAUUGAUUGCGGGAAGGCAAAGGAGACAUCAUAUGAUGCCUUAAAUAACACUCCCUGUCUGCUUCCUUCUUGGAUCUCAAAAGUUUCAGCCAAGCAAAGAAGAGGAAGGGCUGGACGUGUUCAGGCAGGAGAAUGCUACCAUCUCUACCCAAGAUGUGUAUAUGAUUCUUUUGCAGAUUACCAACUACCUGAAAUACUAAGGACUCCUCUGCAAUCUCUUUGCCUGCAAAUCAAGAGUUUGAAUCUCGGUGGUAUCUCCGAGUUUCUAUCUAGGGCAUUACAAUCACCAGAGUUUCUUGCGGUUCAAAAUGCUAUUGAGUAUCUAAAGAUUAUUGGGGCAUUAGAUGAGAAUGAGAAUUUGACUGUUUUAGGGAGAUACUUGACAUUGCUUCCAAUGGAACCAAAACUUGGGAAAAUGCUUCUACUUGGUGUUAUAUUUAAUUGCUUGGACCCAAUAUUAAGUAUUGUCGCUGGUCUAAGCGUCCGUGAUCCAUUCUUGGCUCCUUUGGAUAAAAAAGAUCUAGCAGAAGCAGCAAAGGCACAAUUUUCACGUGAUUACAGCGAUCAUCUUGCUCUUGUCCGGGCAUAUGAGGGUUGGAAAGUUGCUGAUAAAGAUUUUGCUGCUCAAGAAUAUUGCUGGAAGAAUUUUUUGUCUGUACAGUCGAUGAAAGCUAUUGAUUCCCUUCGCGAGGAGUUUUACUCUUUGCUGAAAGAUACUGGUCUUGUUGAUGGCAACCCAACUAUGUACAACGUCUGGAGCUAUGAUGAGCAUCUCCUUCGUGCUAUUAUUUGUUAUGGUUUGUAUCCAGGAAUUUGCUCUGUUGUGCACAACGAGAAGUCUUUCUCCCUGAAAACGAUGGAAGAUGGUCAUGUGCUUUUACACUCGAACUCUGGCAAUGCUCGCCACUCGAUAAUACCUUAUCCAUGGCUCGUUUUCAACGAAAAAAUAAAAGUGAACUCUGUAUUUCUGCGGGAUUCUACUGCUGUAUCUGAUUCAAUUCUGCUCUUAUUCGGUGGAAGCAUCUCGAGAGGGGACACAGAUGGCCACUUGAAGAUGUUGGGCGGGUACUUGGAGUUCUAUAUGGAUCCUUCUCUAGCAGAAUUAUACCAAAGUUUGAGGAGGGAGCUUGAUGAAUUAAUUCAGACCAAACUCCUAAACCCCACAAUGGACGUGCACUCGUACCAUGACCUCUUAUCCGCCAUACGUCUGCUCAUCUCUGAAGACAAGUGUAGUGGCAGAUUCAUAUUCACCCGCCAUUUACAGAGGCCGUACAAUCAAAAUGCACCAACACCGGCAAUACCGAAGCCAAGAGUAACACAAGAAAUGGUAAGUGGGCCCGGAGGUGAUAACCCCAAAAGCCAGCUACAAACACUAGUGGCACGUGGGGGCUAUGCCCCACCAAGCUACAAAACCAAGCAGAUGACGAACAGCCAGUUUCAGUCUAUUGUUGAAUUCAACGACAAUCAGAUCACGGGCCAGCCAGCUGGAAAUAAGAAACAAGCCGAAAAAAAUGCGGCUGCUGAAGCCCUGCAGUGGCUGCUCGGUGGAAAUCACAUCGAGCAUAUGUCCAUGUUGCUUAAAAGGAGCAAAAAAGAUCACAGGCGAUAA